UCUACUGCAAAAUAAACAUUUGAAGGGCAGAGUCAAAAUUAGCAUGAUUUCCUUUAAACACUUAAAAAAAGCUAUUGGUUCUUUUUAAUUCACUGUUAACAGAGUGUAUGUGACUGGCGGUGGGACUAAAGCACACAAUGUCAAUAUGCUGGCGCUCGUCCUCCAGAUGUGUUUUCACACAGGUUGGUAAAAAUGGAAAUAUGUGUCCUUGGCCAAUGUGAUAUCAGAGGGACAGAGUGGGUAUAAAAGCUGCUGCAGUGGAGCUGAGCUGACACAGAGGCUCAAACUGACUCCAUCAUGAAGGCUUUCAUUCUUCUGGCUCUGUUCGCUGUGGCACGUGAGUAUGAAGACUUAACAAGUCGUACCUUUUAAAUUACCUUUUAAAGUGGGUUUGGCCACUUUGUGACAGGGUGGGACUGAUGGGUUUUCACAGUGAGAUUUCUUUGAAAAUUGCUGUUGUGGAAAACCUGAACUCUGUUAUUCUAUUGUCAGAUGCUGCUCCCAUUGAUGAGGAUGACAAGAUUGUUGGAGGCUACGAGUGCAGAAAGAAUGCGUUGCCCUACCAGGUCUCUCUGAACUCUGGCUACCACUUCUGUGGAGGCUCCCUGAUCUCCAGCACCUGGGUGGUGUCUGCUGCUCACUGCUACAAGUCCCGCGUCCAGCUGCGUCUUGGUGAGCACAACAUUGCUGUCAACGAGGGCACCGAGCAGUUCAUCAACUCUGCUCAGGUCAUCCGUCAUCCCAGUUACAACAGCCGCAACCUGGACAAUGACAUCAUGCUGAUCAAGCUGAGCAAGCCCGCCACCCUGAACAGCAAAGUCGGCUCCGUGUCCGUGCCCUCCACCUGUGCCAGCGCUGGCACCCGCUGUCUGAUCUCUGGAUGGGGCAACUUGAGCGGCUCUGGAAGCAACUACCCUGACCGCCUGAGGUGUCUGGAUGCCCCCAUCCUGAGCGACAGCAGCUGCAGGAGCUCCUACCCUGGACAGAUCACCUCCAACAUGUUCUGUGCUGGAUUCCUCGAGGGAGGCAAGGACUCCUGCCAGGGAGACUCUGGUGGCCCCUUGGUGUGCAACGGUCAGCUGCAGGGUGUGGUGUCCUGGGGCUACGGCUGUGCCGAGAGGAACAAGCCUGGAGUCUACACCAGGGUCUGCAACUACAACGCCUGGAUCCGCAGGACCAUGUCCUCCAACUAGACAAAGUCCUGCAUUACAAUGGAUGAAAACAAGCUUUAAUAAUAACA